AUGAACGAAAAUCGAAGAGGGAUGACUAAAGACAUGUGGGCAAUCGAAACAAGAAACGAUGAAGCACUGGAAUCUGCGAAAAGGAUAUGUGCAAGUAAUUUGGAAAAUUGGAUUAUAAAUGGGAGAAAAAGUAGUUAUAAAUAA